GUUCCCUCAGCAUCCAGUCAUUUCGAUUCUGCGCGUGCGCUGAUUUGGCACUUGUGUAUAACGGACUGUGCUUCCGGGUACUGAAGAAGACUCAACUCCACCAAAGAAGAAGGAAGUCCGUCAUCAGACUGUGGACAGCUACAGAGACAGGAGCGGGACAGAGGAAAUAACAGAGCCACAGGUUUGAACACACAGAGGAAAAUUAAGAGAAGAGGAGGAGGCGAACUGAAAGUGAAAGUAUGACGUCAGAGCAGGCGCCAUUUUAAACUCCACAGCAGAAAGAAACAGGACGUGUGCAGGUGUUACAGGUUUACCUCUCAGACCAGAGAAGAUGAAUGAUUUGGAGGAAGAGGAGGACAGAGCAGAGUCUCCAGGAUCCAGCUGUCUGUCUAUGAAGAGUGACCAGUCCAGAGUAAAUCCUCCAGAGUUCAGUAAUGGACCUGGACCCUCAGACAGAAAGAGUUAUCAAUACGCAUUACAUACUGAAAAGAACCACCUGCAAAGCUGUCAUUGUUUUAAAAGAUGGAGAAAAAAGUCUCCAGGAUCCAGCUGUCUGUCUCUGAAGAGUGACUGGUCCAGAGUAAAUCCUCCAGAGUUCAGUAAUGGACCUGGACCCUCAGACACAAAAAAGAGGAAGAGGAGUGGUGUUUCUGUGGAGGAGCAGCUGUCCUGCUGUGAUCUGUGUCAGGACGUCCUGAAGGAUCCAGUCUCUACCAGCUGUGGACACUGGUUCUGCAGACAGUGCAUCACCUCAUACUGGGACCAGUCUGGUCCAUCAGGAGACUCCUCCUGUCCCCAGUGUGGACAAAGAUCCAGAACAAGACCUGGACUGCAGACAGCCAGUCAGACCAGCACUGUACAAACAGAUAGUGGUCUGCAGGAGGUUUUAGAUGAACAUCAGAUCAGUCUGAGGAGGAGAUGUGAACGUGUGACUGAAGGAACUGAUGGAACAGGAAGUAGAACCCCCCUCAACAGGAUCUACACUGAGCUCUACAUCACAGAGGGACAGAGUGAAGAGGUUAAUACCCAACAUGAGGUGAGGCAGCUGGAGACAGCUUCCAAGAAGAAGACCCUCCAUGACACUCCAAUCAGGUGCCAGGACAUCUUUAAAGCCUUACCUGACCAACAGAGACACAUCAGAGUGGUUCUGACCAACGGCGUCGCUGGAGCUGGAAAAACCUUCUCAGUGCAGAAGUUGACUCUGGACUGGGCAGAGGGCUUGGAAAACCAAGAUGUCAGUCUGCUGGUUCUGCUUUCGUUCAGGGAGCUGAACCUGAUCAGAGAUGAGCAGUACAGUCUUCUCACGCUGCUCCAUGUUUUCCAUCCAACAUUACAGAAGGUCACAGCAGAGAAGCUGGCUGUCUGUAAAGUUCUGUUCAUCUUUGACGGCCUGGAUGAAAGCAGACUUUCACUGGAUUUCAACAACAGGAAGGUUGUGUCUGACGUCACACAGAAGUCAUCAGUCAACGAGCUGCUGACAAACCUCAUCCAGGGGAAUCUGCUUCCCUCGGCUCUGGUCUGGAUAACUUCCAGACCUGCAGCGGCCAAUCAGAUCCCUCCUUCAUGUGUUGACAGGGUAACAGAAGUACGAGGCUUCACUGACCCACAGAAGGAGGAGUACUUCAGGAGGAGAUCCAGUGAUGAAGAGCUGUCCAACAGAACCAUCUCACACAUCAAGACCUCCAGGAGCCUCCACAUCAUGUGUCAAAUCCCAGUCUUCUGCUGGAUCACUGCUACAGUUCUGGAGCACAUGUUGACUACAGAGCAGAGAGGAGAGCUGCCCAAGACCAUGACUGACCUGUACUCACACUUCCUGCUGGUUCAGACAAAGAGGAAGAAGAACAAGUACCAUGAGGGACAUGAGACGAGUCCACAGGAGCUGACGGAGGCUGACAGGGAAGUUCUUCUGAAGCUGGGGAGGCUGGCGUUUGAACAACUGGAGAAAGGAAACAUCAUGUUCUACCAAGAAGACCUGGAGCAGUGUGGUCUUGAUGUGACAGAGGCCUUGGUGUACUCAGGAGUUUGUACAGAGAUCUUCAAAAGAGAGAGUGUGAUCUUCCAGAAAACAGUCUACUGCUUUGUUCAUCUGAGCGUUCAGGAGUUUCUGGCUGCAGUCUACAUCUUCCACUUAUUCAGGAAGACACAGGUACUGGAGGACUUCCUGGGGAAAGACGGGAACAACACAAACCAUAAACUGUCUCUGGAUGACUUCCUGAGGAGAGCCAUGGAGAAAUCCCUUAAAAGUAAAAAUGGCCACCUGGACCUGUUUGUUCGCUUCCUUCAUGGCCUCUCUCUGGAGUCCAACCAGAGAGUCUUAGGAGGCCUGCUGGGUCAGACAGAGAACAGUCCAGAAAUCAUCCAGAGAGCCAUCAACAACCUGAAGAAGAUGAACAUGUCCAACACCUCUCCUGACAGAAGCAUCAACAUCUUCCACUGUCUGAUGGAGAUGAACGACCACUCAGUCCAUCAGGAGAUCCAAGAGUUCCUGAAGUCAGGGAACAGAUCAGAGAAGGAACUCUCUGAGAUCCAGUGCUCAGCUCUGGCCUACAUGCUGCAGAUGUCAGAGGAGGUUCUGGAUGAGUUGGACCUGAAGAAGUACAACACAACAGAGGAGGGACGACGGAGACUGAUCCCAGCUGUGAGGAACUGCAGAAAAGCUCGACUUGUUAACUGUCGACUCUCAGAGAUUCACUGUGAAGUCGUGGCCUCAGCUCUGAAGUCCAACCCCUCCCAUCUGACAGAACUGGACCUGAGUCGAAACAGGGACCUGAAGGAUUCAAGAGUGAAGAUACUGUCCUCUGGACUGGAGAGUCCAAACUGUAGACUGGAGACUCUGAGGUUGAUUGACUGCAGGUUGUCAGAGAUCAGCUGUUCUUCUCUGGUCUCAGCUCUGAAGUCCAACCCCUCCCAUCUGAGAGAUCUGGACCUGAGCUGGAACGAGCUGCAGGAUUCAGGAGUGAAGGAGCUGUGUGAUCUUGUGCAGAGUCCAGACUGUAGACUGGAGACUCUGAGGUUGAGGGGCUGCAGUUUGUCAGAGAUCAGCUGUUCUUCUCUGGUCUCAGCUCUGAAGUCCAACCCCUCCCAUCUGAGAGAUCUGGACCUGAGCUUCAACAAGCUGCAGGAUUCAGACCUGAAGGAGCUGUGUGAUCUUGUACAGAGUCCAGACUGUAGACUGGAGACUGUGAGUGUUACAGGUUUACCUCUCAGACCAGAGAAGAUGAAUGAUUUGGAGGAAGAGGAGGACAGAGCAGAGUCUCCAGGAUCCAGCUGUCUGUCUAUGAAGAGUGACCGGUCCAAAGAUUAUCCUCCACACUUCAGUAAUGAACCUGGACCCUCAGACAGAAAAGAGAAGAGGAGGAGUGGUGUUUCUGUGGAAAGAUCCAGACCAGGACCUGGACUGCAGACAGCCAGUCAGACCAGCACUGUACAAACAGAUAGUGGUCUGCAGGAGGUUUUAGAUGAACAUAAGAUCAGUCUGAGGAGGAGAUGUGAACGUGUGACUGAAGGAACUGAUGGAACAGGAAGUAGAACCCGCCUCAACAGGAUCUACACUGAGCUCUACAUCACAGAGGGACAGAGUGAAGAGGUUAAUACCCAACAUGAGGUGAGGCAGCUGGAGACAGCUUCCAAGAAGAAGACCCUCCAUGACACUCCAAUCAGGUACCAGGACAUCUUUAAAGCCUUACCUGACCAACAGAGACCCAUCAGAGUGGUUCUGACCAACGGCGUCGCUGGUGUUGGAAAAACCUUCUCAGUGCAGAAGUUCACUCUGGACUGGGCAGAGGGCUUGGAAAACCAAGAUGUCAGUCUGCUGGUUCUGCUUUCGUUCAGGGAGCUGAACCUGAUCAGAGAUGAGCAGUACAGUCUUCUCACGCUGCUCCAUGUUUUCCAUCCAACAUUACAGAAGGUCACAGCAGAGAAGCUGGCUGUCUGUAAAGUUCUGUUCAUCUUUGACGGCCUGGAUGAAAGCAGACUUUCACUGGAUUUCAACAACAGGAAGGUUGUGUCUGACGUCACACAGAAGUCAUCAGUCAACGAGCUGCUGACAAACCUCAUCCAGGGGAAUCUGCUUCCCUCGGCUCUGGUCUGGAUAACUUCCAGACCUGCAGCGGCCAAUCAGAUCCCUCCUUCAUGUGUUGACAGGGUAACAGAAGUACGAGGCUUCACUGACCCACAGAAGGAGGAGUACUUCAGGAGGAGAGCCAGUGAUGAAGAGCUGUCCAACAGAACCAUCUCACACAUCAAGACCUCCAGGAGCCUCCACAUCAUGUGUCAAAUCCCAGUCUUCUGCUGGAUCACUGCUACAGUUCUGGAGCACAUGUUGACUACAGAGCAGAGAGGAGAGCUGCCCAAGACCCUGACUGACCUGUACUCACACUUCCUGCUGGUUCAGACAAAGAGGAAGAAGAACAAGUACCAUGAGGGACAUGAGACGAGUCCACAGGAGCUGACGGAGGCUGACAGGGAAGUUCUUCUGAAGCUGGGGAGGCUGGCGUUUGAACAACUGGUGAACGGAAACAUCAUGUUCUACCAAGAAGACCUGGAGCGGUGUGGUCUUGAUGUGACAGAGGCCUUGGUGUACUCAGGAGUUUGUACAGAGAUCUUCAAAAGAGAGAGUGUGAUCUUCCAGAAAACAGUCUACUGCUUUGUUCAUCUGAGCGUUCAGGAGUUUCUGGCUGCAGUCUACAUGUUCCACUGUUUCACCAACAGGAACACACAGGUACUGGAGGACUUCCUGGGAAAACACUGGAACAACACAAACUAUAAACUGUCUCUGGAUGACCUCCUGAAAGGAGCCCUGUGGAAAUCCCUUGAAAAUAGAAAUGGCCACCUGGACCUGUUUGUUCGCUUCCUUCAUGGCCUCUCUCUGGAGUCCAACCAGAGAGUCUUAGGAGGCCUGCUGGGUCAGACAGAGAACAGUCCAGAAAUCAUCCAGAGAGCCAUCAACAACCUGAAGAAGAUGAACAUGUCCAACACCUCUCCUGACAGAAGCAUCAACAUCUUCCACUGUCUGAUGGAGAUGAACGACCACUCAGUCCAUCAGGAGAUCCAAAAGCUCCUGAAAUCAGAGAACAGAUUCAACAUAAGAGUUCCUGAGAUCCAGUGCUCAGCUCUGGCCUACGUGUUGCAGAUGUCAGAGGAGGUUCUGGAUGAGUUGGACCUGAACAAGUACAACACAUCAAAGGAGGGACGACAGAGACUGAUCCCAGCUGUGAGGAACUGCAGAAAGGCUCAACUUGAUAACUGUAAACUCUCAGAGAUUCACUGUGAAGUCGUGGCCUCAGCUCUGAAGUCCAACCCCUCCCAUCUGACAGAACUGGACCUGAGUCAAAACAACCUGAAGGAUUCAGGAAUGAAGAUACUGUCCUCUGGACUGGAGAGUCCAAACUGUAGACUGGAGACUCUGAGGUUGAGUCGCUGCAGUUUGACAGAGAUCAGCUGUUCUUCUCUGGCCUCAGCUCUGAAGUCCAACCCCUCCCAUCUGAGAGAACUGGACCUGAGUGACAACAGCCUGCAGGAUUCAGGAGUGAAGGAGCUGUGUGGUUUUCUGCAGAGUCCAGACUGUAGACUGGAGACUCUGAGGAUGAUUGACUGCAGUUUGACAGAGAUCAGCUGUUCUUCUCUGGCCUCAGCUCUGAAGUCCAACCCCUCCCAUCUGAGAGUUCUGGAGCUGAAUCUCAACAAGCUGCAGGAUUCAGGAGUGAAGGAGCUGUGUGGUUUUCUGCAGAGUCCAGACUGUAGACUGGAGACUCUGAGGUCAGUUCACUGUCUGUUACUGUUGGAGAUCUUCUAUCUUUAAUCCACAACUGAACCUCAUUUAUCUUCACAAAACUUGAAUCCAUUCAUUUAGAAUGAAUGACAUGUUAAAUAGUGGUUGUUCCAUAUUGUCAGUUGUUCUGAUCUCACACUGAGAAUUAUUCCUUCAGGUUCAGUUCAUUCCAGUCUGUUGGAGCCAUACAUUGUUUGCUGGGGAUUAUUUGGGUUUUGAUUUGUUUGAUAUGGUUGCCGCAGUGAUAUGUGGGGUUUGGGUCACGUGGGCACCGUAGAUGCACUUUGCCGCUUGUAUAUGCGAAGCUCUGUGAUGUUUCAAGGAGGAAUGCUGAUGCUGCCUUGUUGAAUUGUUCUGAUAUGUGGAUUGUGCAUUGUGGAUGGAUUUAAAUACUACAGCGCACUGAAAACUGAAUGAAAAGGGGUUAAAAUGAGUCAAACAAAUGAUGCUGCCUCGUGCUCUAACAUGGAGUCUGGGAAAAGGGAGAGGAAACUCACUGAAAAGGCUCUGGUGAAUAAAAUUGAAAAGUUGCAAAAUGAACACAAACAUGCUGUUGAUAAAAUUAAAAGCUUGAUACCAAGAAUGAAGGAGCUCAUGAAACAAAGGAAAAAUAUGUCUCAGGUGGAACAGUGUUUGGGGAAUUUAAACAUACUAUGUGAAAAUGCCACAACUGCACACAAUGAAUUGUUGCCACUACUCCUGAAGGAUGAACUCAUUAAACAAAAGGAAUGGUUUUCAAGCAUCAUGAAUUACAGCACUGCAUUUCAAAAGGACACUCAAACACGGAUUGUUGAAAAUGGACAAAAUAUUUCUCAGGAGCAACAGAAUUCACCAGAAAUGCCAUUGCUUUCUGUGGAAAUGAAUGGAGUAAAUCAAAUUGAGGAUGACAUUAACCCAAACAACAGUGUUUCAAAUGUUGAAAGCCACAAAACAUCUCAGUCACAAUGCUCUUCAACUUCUUCUGCACGUUUAAGGGCGGAAGCUGAGCUGGCAGCUUUAACUAUGAGGCACAAAUUAUUAGGAAAAGCAUGCUUUGGAAGAAGAAGAGCAACGUCUGCGUAAAAAGAGAGAACUCCAACUGAACACUGAAAUUGCAGAAAAAAUGGCAAAACUGGAAAUUCUCAAGAUAAGAAGCACAACAAGUGGAAAAAGGAUGUCAAAGGUCUCUGAUGGAAUGGAAUCAUAUUUGGAAAAGGCACAGUCUAAACAGUUACUUAAUGUCAAUGCAGAUGAAUUCAUUUCUAAAGAGAUGGAAGCAAACAUAAAUACAAAUAUAACUUUAUAUGAACAAAACCAAAUGCAAUUUCAUAUGAUUUGCAUGUACAAUCAGGAUUUAAUACAGUGGAUCUGGAAACCAGAAAUGAUGUUCUUGGCAUUAUGAGGAAACAAAACGAAAUAACAACAUUGCUAAUGCAGCAACAAUGCCUCUCAGUUCUACCUAAGAGAGAGAUCCCAAUUUAUGAUGGUGAUCCAUUGAAAUAUCACACAUUCAUUGAAGCUUUUGAGAAUGGAGUUGAGAGGAACACAAUUAACAGCUGUGAUCAUUUAUAUUUUUUGGAACAACACACAAAAGGUCAUGCCAAAGAGCUUGUGAGAAGCUGUCAACACAUAAAUCCAGAACAAGGAUAUGCAAAAGCAAAAGCCUUAUUAAAGCAGCAGUUUGGGAACGAACAAAAGAUCGCCUCUGCUUACAUGGACAAAGCCCUCUCAUGGCCUCCAGUUAAAGCAGAGGAUGUUAAAGUCCUGCAGGACUACAGCCUUUUCCUCAGAGCCUGCUGUAAUGCCAUGGAGGAUGCACAGUAUCUUUGGGAUUUGGAUAUGCCUUCCAACAUGUUGAGCAUCAUUAAAAAACUUCCCUACAAACUCAGAGACAAAUGGAGAAACCGUGCAUGUGAGCUGCAAGAACAACACAAUCGGAGAGCUAAGUUCACAGAUAUUGCUGACUUCAUUGAAAGGCAAGUGAAAAUUAUGACGGAUCCUGUGUUUGGUAACAUACAAGACUCUCAACCAAUAACCAUAAAUAGAGAAACAAACAAACCCAAGCCACAGUUUCGUCCUGGAAACAAAGGAAGCAGUUUUGCUACCACUGUAGGCCCUCUGGAGAGCAACCAUCAGUCUGCAAGGAAAGAAAAGGAAAUCAAACAAACGGGAAGGAAAGCAUGCAUCUGCUGUGGAGGAGAACACACAUUGGAUGUGUGUGUACAGAUGGGAAGAAUGCCUCAUGAGAGGAAAAUAGGCUUCUUAAAGGAAAAUGGCAUCUGUUUUGGCUGCUUGUGUACAGGACACAUCAGUAAAGAUUGCCGGAAAAGGAUUUCUUGCUCAAGGUGUAGCCUUAAACAUCCCACUGUACUUCACAAGGAACUCGUUAAUGAUUCUGAGCAGAUGAAGAGGAGACCAGAGCUGCAUGUUGACAAUACUCUGGUGUCAAGUAGCCUUACAGGGGCUGGAGACCAGGACUGCAAACUGCCAAUUGUUCCGGUCCAGGUUAAAUCUAACAAAGGAACUAAAAUUGUCAUCACUUACGCUUUCUUGGAUCAGGGGAGUACUGCAGUGUUUUGCACUGAUAGUUUAAUGCAGAAGCUCCACCUCACAGGGAGGAAGGGGCGCAUUCUCCUUCAAACCAUGGGCCAGGAGAAAGUUGUAAGCAGUAACAUUGUGUCAGGACUGGAGGUUGCAGCACUGGAGGGGGACAAUUUUCUCGAGCUGCCAAGCGCUUACACGCAAGAGUCUAUGCCUGUGCACAGAGGAAAUAUCCCUACUGAAAGGGAUAUUAAACAAUGGUCAUAUUUGAAACACAUUCACUUACCUCAGAUUGAGGCAGGAAUAGAGCUACUUAUAGGAACCAAUAUUCCUAAAGCACUGGAACCACUGGAGGUGGUGUGUAGUGUGAAUGAUGGACCAUAUGCUAUCCGUACCUUGCUGGGCUGGACAGUUAAUGGUCCACUGACAGGAAACAGUGGGGAGACUGUUAACUGGGAGCAUCCACAAAUAACUGUGAACAGAGUUUCAGUCGUGAACUUGGAUGUCCUCUGGCAGCAACAGUUUAAGAAUGAUUUCCCUGAAAGCAGUGUUGAUGAGCAACCCGCAAUGUCAAAAAUGAGACGAUCAAAGGUUCCUGGAGUUUGUCACCAGCUCAGUAAAGCAGGUGGAGGGGCAUUACCAGAUCCCAUUACCUUUGAGGAACAUUGACAUCAGCAUGCCAAAUAAUAGGAAAAUUGUUGAGCAACGCUUGUGUUGUUUGAAAAGAAGGUUUCAGAAGGACUUAACUUUUCACACUGACUACAACACGUUUAUAAGUGACCUUCUGGCUAAAGGUUAUGCAGAGAAGGUGCCCGAAGAGGAGCUGGACCAUGGCGAUGGAAAAAUAUGGUACAUACCACACCACGGGGUUUACCAUCCCACCAAACGGAAGAUCAGAGUAGUGUUUUACUGUGGAGCAAGAUAUCAAGGAACAUCACUGAACGCUCAACUUCUGCAGGGCCCUGAUCUUACCAGCUUUCUGAUUGGAGUGGUGACCUGAUUUAGGAGGGAACCAAUUGUGAUCAUGGCAGUGAAUGUUGUCCAGGUCAGGGAGGAACCUGUAACUCUCUUGAUCGAGUACUUUUCCUCCUGGACAAGUCUAAAGAAGUCAGUGGCAUGGCUCUUGAGAAUUAAAGGCUGGCUCAUGUCCUGUGUAAAGAAGAGAAGACAGUUACAUCUGACCUUUGCGCAGUCUGACAUCAGUAAGGAACAACAGGCAUCCUCUGUGGAAAGGCAGAUGAAGGAUUUUAGGAGGACAGCGGUGCACAGGUGUCUCACAGUGAAAGAUCUGGACCAGGCUGAGCUAGCUGUCAUCAAGUUCUGCCAGGGAAAGAGAUUUCCUGAAGAGCUAAUCAGUCUGGGGAAAGAUCAGCCUGUUAAGAAGUCUAGUCACCUCCAUAAGCUCUGUCCACAGCUGCAAGAUGGAAUCCUGAGAGUUGGUGGUCGGCUCAGUAGAUUGUCUUUGCCUGUGGAAGAGAAACAUCCUAUAAUCCUAGCGAAAGAUUUCCACAUCUCAGAGCUCUUACUUAGACACGUACAUCAGGAAGUUGGACAUGGUGGCCAUAACCAUAUGUUGUCUAAGUUGAGAGAGAGAUACUGGAUACCUGGUGUGGGUUCAGCUAUCAGGAGAGUGCUAGCCAAGUGUAUCAUCUGUUGCCGUCUGAAUGCUCUGCCAGUUCACCAGCAGAUGGCAGAUUUGCCUCAUGAAAGAAUUGUCCCAGAUGAACCACCAUUCACUCGUGUGGGAGUUGACUGCUUUGGACCUUUUGAGGUUAAGAGUAGAAGGAGCAUGGUAAAGAGGUAUGGUGUUCUAUUAACUUGUCUCGCCAGCAGAACAGUGCACAUUGAAGUUGCAUCAUCGUUGGAUACCGACUCUUUUAUUAAUGCACUCAGGCGUUUCAUUGCCAGGAGAGGACAAGUUAGGGAGCUACGCUCUGACAACGGAACGAACUUCGUAGGAGCAGAACGAGAGUUGAGGAAGGUCAUCGAACAGUGGAAUCAGGUGCAGAUCCACGAUGUCAUGCUUCAGAAGGGGAUCCAAUGGAGCUUUAAUCCACCUGCUGGCUCUCAUCAUAGGGGAGCUUGGGAACGGUUGAUACGGUCUGUUCGAAAGGUUCUUAAUUCAACCCUGAAAGUACAAAACUUGGAUGAAGAAAGCCUUCACACAGUGCUUUGUGAGAUUGAAGCCAUAAUAAACAGCAGACCAAUCACCAAAGCUUCCAUGGAUCUGAAUGACCUGGAAGCGCUAACACCAAAUCACCUGCUACUGUUAAAGACCUCACCAACAUUGCCACCAGGAGUGUUUGAGCCCUCAGACAUUUAUGCACAUAGGAGGUGGAAACAGGUUCAAUAUAUGUCUGACUUGUUUUGGAGGAGAUGGGUCAGGGAAUACUUGCCUCAGCUGCAGAAAUGGACAGAGGAAUCUUGUUGUGGGAGACCUUGUCAUCAUCAUGGACAGCACGGCGUCUCGAAACUCUUGGCCUGUGGGACGAGUGAUACAAACCUUCCCGGACCGAAGAGGAUUCGUUCGUCAGGUGCAGGUUAAAACCCGGAGCAGCUGUCUGGACCGGCCUAUCACGAAGGUUUGCCUGCUGCAGGAGGCUGAAGCCAUUUGAGGGCAUGCCGGCUUCAGUUGUGACUUCUUUGACUUUGUUUUGGACUGUUACUAGACUCAUCUUGCUGGAUUUUACCUGUUUGACUGUUUGACCAGUGACACUGUGGACCUUUGAGUCAUACAUAUAUAUAUAUAUAUGAUUCAGGAAGAAAGAAGAUUUAAGCGUGGAUUAUUGAUGGACACUUAUUGUUGAGUUUUAUUGUUGAAAUUCUUUUUUGUGUGUUUAUGUCUCCUAUUUGGUAUAUGAGAAAUUAUUUAGAUUAACUUAAUAAUUAGGGGCUGGUGUUGUAGGAGCCAUACAUUGUUUGCUGGGGAUUAUUUGGGUUUUGAUUUGUUUGAUAUGGUUGCCACGUGAUAUGUGGGGUAUGGGUCACGUGGACACUGUAGAUGACAAUCAUAGGUUAUAUUAGGGGCUGAGUCACCGGCACUGACGGGGAGAGAGGAGAGUCAGGUAGCCGUAAUUUUUGUUGACCGCUUUUUUGUUCUGUUACGAUACACGUAUGCAAACAGUGCACGUUUUUACAUCUUACCUGCUCGUGUAUCCCCGAAUGGCCGCUGUAGUAUCUGUUAUGUUUACCAUUAAACAUCCUGAAACUUAUCUGGACUCAGCGUGCCUCUCUGUACCGGCAGCGCGUCAUACAAACAUACAGGACCUAUCUCUACCUCUCAGGCGACGUUAAAGGACUGGAAAGUCGCCACAGUCAGUUGUCAUCAAUAAUGUCUGUUCACUUCAAACCUUCACAACUCACACACUGGUAUUUCUCCCAGUCAGAGGACUAAUGUUUUCUAAAUACACUGUAGAAAAUGUCCAGUGGUCGUUGGUCAAAGACAAUUUUUAUCACAACAACAGACAGAAGAUCCUCACAGCUGACACCAAAAAGCAAUUUAACAUAUAUUGUACAAAUAUUUGUACAAAGAAAAAACUCGUUUGUGUGAGUUUUGUGUGUUCUUUUCCAUCCAGUUGAAUUUACUUGUUAAAUGUUUGACACAAUGACGCUACCUGUACCGUACGCUGUGAUUCUGUGAGACCAACACUUACUCGCUGCUCUCUUCACUUUCUGUCCUGAAGUUUUUUGUUACACAUCAUCUGCUGCUGCUUCGUUCUUUUCCAUUUUAUUUUUUGAUCUCUACCUGUUUAUUGACACUUUCUUUGAGUGAGACUCUAGUCUGUUCAUUGUUAGUUUAGUUUAUCUUAGCCGUUUGUAGCCUCAGUAGCCUCAUCUUAAAUUGUAGCCUCACCUUCUUACUCCUACAGCUAACCUAGCUUAAAUUAACUACCACUAUGGCUUGUGUAAGCUGUUCUGCUCUUGAAGACAGGGUGUCUCUGCUAGAGAGACCUGUCCGUCAAUUAGAGCAGCUCCUUUCUCCUAGCAUUACCUUAGAUAUGACGGGCACUCCAGAUAGCGUUAGCCACAGGCUCGACAGCGAGCCUGUUAGGGCUAGCUUAGCCUCGUCAGCAGUGUGUGCGGAGUUCGUCCCUGUCAGCCGGCGGAAAGGGGCACGUAAGAGCAAGCAACCGGUUGUGUGGCCUGGUCUGCAGUCGCCUCUCCCGACUGCAAACUGGUUUUCGACUCUUGCCCCCCGUUGGUGAGUCCUGUGCGCCCGCGUGUCUCCCCCGCUCCCGCUGACAGGCCUCAACAACGCCCUCUAGUCAUAGGGGACUCCAUCACUGUCAGAUUAGCUUUGCCAGCCAAUGUUUACUGCCUACCUGGGGCCAGAGCUUCAGACAUAGAGGAUAAUCUUAGGGUGCUGGCAUCACCCAGGGAGAAACAGGGGGCUCAGGUACACUCCACACCUAGUUAUAGCAACAUUGUCAUUCAUGUCGGCACCAAUAACAUUAGAAUGAAGCAGUCUGAGGUCACCAAAGCUAGUUUAGCUAGGACGUUUGAGUUUGCUAGAAAGAUCGUCUCUGGUCCUUUACCCAUGCGGGGGUAAUGAUGAGGUGUACAGUAGAUUAAUGUCUCUGAACCGCUGGCUGGCUCGUCACUGUAGUGAGCAGGGAUAUAGUUUUGUGGAUAACUGGCCUUCUUUCUGGGGCCGUCCUGACCUGCUGAAGGCAGAUGGUCUGCAUCCUACCGGAGCAGGCGCUGCUAUUUUAUCUAGGAAUAUAGACAGGUGUUUACGUCGGGUUUGACAGUAAGACACUAGUGAUCGGCAGGUCGCAGGUGAGUAGAGAACCUGCUAGGUCUUUAGGUGGUGCGGUUUUGGAGUCCACUAGCUUAGAUGAUGAAUCUAACCAGGAACAUUUGCAGACUUUAGAUGCUCAGCCUGAUCUACUGCAUUGAGACUGUCUCCAUUCCCCACCAUACUAUUCACAAGUUUCCUAAGUUUCUAAACCACCAUGUACAAAACACCACUCCUGCCACUGGUGACAGAGCUGUGUCCCAUAAAGUACUGAAUAAAAGGCCACUAACAGAAACACUAGAUGCCUCAUUCCUAUUAAUACUUCAUCUAUAGGUACCUUGCCACACCAGGCUGCUACCAGCAGCUCCAGGCUCAAUAUGAUCCUCAAAUUUGGCUUCAUAAAUAUUAGAUCACUUUCUACCAAGGCAUUAUUGAUAAAUGACUUGAUUCUUGAACAUAAUCUGGAUAUGGUUGGUCUAUGUGAAACAUGGCUUAAACCAGAUAUGUUCCUGCCUUUAAAUGAAGCUUCCCCACCUGAGUAUGCCAACGCACAUGUUGCUCGGGCUACGAAAAAAGGUGGGGGGCGUCUUUGGUCUAACCUCAGCUCUUAAUGUUACUUCUAACUCUUUUGAGGUGGUAGUACUGAAACCUUCUCCAGUAGCUUCCGAUCUCCAUCACCAGGCAAAUAGACUCCGACCACUCCACCUUGUGGUACUUUACAGGCCACCUGGCCAGUCAAAGAGGUCUACGCCCUGGUUCACAGAUGACACAUGUGCUCUGAAGCAGGCCUGCUGGAAAUUAGAGCCCCCUGCUUUUCUCUUUAUAUUUCUCCUCUUGGCCAAAUUAUUCAGAGUCAUGGAAUUAAUGUUCACUGUUAUGCUGAUGAUACCCAGCUAUAUGUGCCUAUAAAGGCUGACAAUGCCUCUCAAAUUAGGGAACUAGAGAUCUGCUUGUCUUCUGUUAAAAGCUGGAUGUCUCAAAACUUCCUGCUUCUUAACUCAGACAAAACUGAAAUGCAUCCAGCAUGAUAUAGACACCAGUUCGAUCAAGUAACUAUAUCUGUUACUAUAUAUGGACAAGUGUGUGAUUUCUCAAAGUACAACAGCCAAAAAUCUGGGUGUCACACUUGAUCGCACUCUUUCCUUCGAUCAGCAUAUUAAAGACAUUACAAAGACCGCCUUUUUUCACCUAUGCAAUAUAGCUAGGAUUCAGUCUUUUCUUUCCAUGGCAGACACUGAAAUUCUAGUCCAUGCCUUUGUUUCUUCUAGACUGGAUUAUUGUAAUGUUUUGCUUUCAGGACUACCGCGUGCUAGCACUAAAAGUCUGAAAAUGGUUCAGAAUGCUGCAGCUAGAAUGCUGACCAAAUCGAGAAGGUUUGACCAUAUUACCCCGGUUUUAGCCUCCCUUCACUGGCUCCCUAUUCAUGUUAGAUCAGACUUUAAAGUUCUCUUAAUGACUUAUAAAAUUCUAAAUGGGCUAGCCCCCUUAUACCUGUCUGAUCUUCUUAACCCUUAUAUUCCCUCGCGUGCUCUGCGUUCUCAGAGUGCAGGGCUGCUGUCUGUCCCCAGAGUCAAAAAGAAGUCAGCAGGCUGCAGGGCCUUCUCCUAUCAGGCCCCCUUCCUCUGGAACAACCUCCCUAGUGAUAUUAGACAGGCUGACUCAGUUGAGGCCUUUAAAUCCAAACUAAAAACUCAUCUUUUUGCCUUAACUUUUAACUAGCACAUUAUUCUGGUUCCUAUUUCAGGAUACCAAUUUUCCCUCGGCGGGUUGGGUCAGUCUCAAUGCAUCAGUUAAGUUCAGUAGUUAGUAAAUAUUGUCCAUGAUGUCCUGCUGAUGAUUACUAUAAACCACCAAUACAUAGUAAUAGUACAGGAAAUCGUUCCUACCUACUGCAAUAAGACUUUACAACUCAUCUACCUCUGUCAGAGCCACAAUUACACAACUGGACUAAAUCUACAUGUCACCCUCUGCACUGUCAUGCAUCCCUUUGCACUUUUCUAUUUACAUAUUCAUAGCAUAUUAUUUAUGGUGCAUAUUAUACCUUUUGUUAAUAUUCUAUUUUUUACUGUUAAUAUUCUAUUUUUUACUGUUGUAUUUAUAUUGCAUUCACAUACGGACUGCUGUAACAACCGAAUUUCCCUUCAGGGAUGAAUAAAAUCUAUCUAUCUAUCUAGCUAUCUAUCUGUCUGUCUAUCUAAUAUCGCUGCAUCACUUUAACUGUGUGUUUCUUCCUUCAAACACAUUACUGCCCAGGCUGUGCUUCUCUCUCUCUCUCUGCUACUGUCUCUCACUGCAGGGUUCUGCCUCUGGAGCUGUAGAGUCUCCUGCUGCUCCCAUGAUCCAGCUCAACCCAUGAUUUUACAAUAAUUAAACAUUUAUUAGUUUUAUAGCUAUUGAUGUUUCACUGUUAGGCGGUGGGCCAAGGGGAGAUUUCGUGUAUUUAGACGAUCCCUGCCGAGGGAGGACCUCAUUUUUUGUUAACAACAUCUUCAUUUCUCAACAAAUGAAACAAAAAUUGUUGGCACUCUUACCUCUUGGUCGGGUUUUAACUCUGCUGCGGCGGCUGCUAGCUAGCGCUGUCGGAGCUAAUAUUUCGCUGAGUACAUUAACCAGUUCAAGAUCGCACUACACGCUUAAAAUAACAUCACUUUUAAAGCAAUCACUUUUAAAGAGAUGUGACAUUUAUCAAAACAGUGUCCAAGGUUCCAGCGAAAUAUUAGCUCGUUAUUAAGUUUGAUAAAAGGGAGAAAAUGUCUGAUUUAGAUGUCAUUCUUACUGUCAUCCCUUUUAAAUACAUAAUUCUUCUGUAACAUUAAUGACGUUCUCAGAAUGUCAUUGUGGACACUGCACAUGAUAAAUAUUACUGAUUUCCCACAUUUGAGUUCCAGUGAGUAGUGUUUUUCACCCGUCAAUCUUCUGACAAAAUGAUGAGCAUAACCUCACAACAAUGAGCCACACACUACAACCGUAUUACUUAAACUAUGUUAGCUAGCAAACACCACAGAUAUGGAGUGCUGUAUGCAUGUUCUGUAACCCCUUUUACAGACACAGGAUGGAAGAAAUGUAUUAAUUCUGUUUCUGUGGAAAGACCUUGGUACUAGAGAGAGUGGUGGGAGAAGAGGCAGAGAUUUGAUCUAAAGACCAAGGUUUGCUGUUGUCAUGCUAGUCACUGUGUUAUGUGGAUGGCUUUGACUUGCCAAGAGACUGAAUAUGGAAAUGAGCUUUGGCUAUAUGUUCAUUAAUUGUCCCUUUAUAAAUAAGUUAACUUUAAACUUCAGGAAUUCCCUGCUGUGAUUCCAGCUAACAGUGUGUGGCAAGUGGAAAGAUGGGAACAGAGAAUAAGCUGCCCGACAACGCCACCUGGGGAAUUUCACCCCAGGAAAUAGAUAAUUAACUGACAGGUCGCGCCAGGUUCAAAAAUCACCACAAGGCAAGAGAUGGUUAGGACGGGACUGCACAAAUCAAAUUUAUUUAACAAAUGAACAAAAAAAACUAUAUAUAAAUGUACAAAAUAUAAGGGAGCGUCAGCUGUCAUUCAAAAAAAAAAAAAAGAAAUACACUCGGCCUGAAGGGGGAGGGGGGAGAACUAUAAUGGAUAGGGCUGAGGCUGACCACAGCAGCCCCAACGAAACCAAAAUCAGGGGGAGAGGAGAAACUAACUUAACCACCCAUGACACCAUACACUCACACACUGGAUCGUGAAGAACCCCCACCGGGAAUUGGGUCGCCGCCGUGGGCCCACAGAACCUGUCCACAAAGAAAAGGAGAAUUAAAACCAGCCUCAGUGGUCA